GGUCUGGUGUUGGACCAGACGGAGCACUAUUAAAGGUCAGUGUUUCCCUCACUGCCGGCGGCAGCAGCUCCACCACCUUCGCCUCUCAUGGAUCUUCUCAUUGUUUUCCUGGUUUGUUUUCUCUCUGGUGCGACGGCAGGGCAGCAGGAGGUGGCGGUGAAACCGGACCACAAUGCAGUUCUUCAGUGUCAGAGUCCCAAAAGUGAAACCAUCCAAGUGUUGAAGUGGAGCCGACCCGACAUGAGGUCGGACGGUUACGUCUAUUUCUACCGAAACAAGCGCUCCUAUGAAAACUACCAGCUUCCCUGUUUUCAUGGCCGAGUGGCGCUGAGAGAUCCAGAGAUGAAGAACGGAGACGCCUCUCUGAUCCUGAAGAACGUCACCGCCAACGACGCCGGGACGUACGACUGCUACGUUUCACUGGGAGACAUGAGAGGCAGCAAAUCAACGCACUCUGAGAUCAGACACCUCACAAUCACACACUCAGGACAAACACCUGAAAGCACGUGGUGGAGACAGACGACGGUUGGAGAAGACACAGACGGACAGAAGCAGGAAGAAGUGUUGAAGGAAGAAACUGUAGCAGCUGCAGCCGUCGCUGCUGUUGCUCUCUGUGUUGUUGUUGUUGUUGUUGUUGUUGUUGUUGUUGUCAGAUCCCACAGAGGUAAACAACACGUCAAACAGGAUCCUGACUCAAAUAACAUGAAGGAAUGAAAUCAAAUAUUACGUCAUCUAUAAUUAAUAUAAUAUUUAUGAGCAGCUGCAGAGUCGUUUAUUCGACCUCGUCCUGCUUGUUUACAGACGCUGGAGUUUAACACUGAAUCUAAACUACAGCCGUUUCUCCGCUGCGGUCACCGAUGGUUACACCUGCUAAUAUUCAUCAGUGUCUUAUAUCCUCUAUUUAGACAGGUAAGCUUCGUUGUCAGGAGCGACCUGGAGGAGUCUGAUUGGUUCUUCCUCGUGUGAUUUUCUCACAUCUGCUGCUUUAAAGCAUCUUUAUUUGUUUUUUAAAUAAAUGUCUUUAUUUUUUA